CCGGCAAAAGGGCGCGGAGGAACCACAAACCCCAGAAAGCCUCGCGCCCGCUCUUCUCCCUCCUCUCUAGGAGUCGGAGUGCUGUUUUUGUUGUUGGUGAAAGGUGAGGGAACAGCUGAUCCGUCUGUGGGUUGUUGUUUUCAGGUGUCAUAAGCCAUUCCUGUGCACAGUUGGGUUAACAAGCCCAAGAGUGGGCAGAGAGAGACUGGCUCAGAAUGAGGAGGCCUCACACCUCAGUUGGAUUUUGAAUUCAAGAGCCAAAAAUAUAUGGGGGAUGGGAUGUGGAGAUGGAGGCUGAAGAAUUCGGAAUGCUCAAGGAUGUUAAGAGGAGGGCAGAAUGGAAGAAUCAUCACUAAACCGGGCACCAUCUCGGUGUGGAGUCAGCUUUCUGAAUGUAGCCCGGACCUACAUCCCCAACACCAAGGUGGAAUGUCACUACACCCUUCCCCCAGGCACCGUGCCCAGUGCCAGUGACUGGAUUGGCAUCUUCAAGGUGGAGGCUGCCUGUGUUCGGGAUUACCACACGUUUGUGUGGUCUUCAGUGCCUGAAAGUGCAUCUGAUGGUUCCCCUGUCCAUGCCAGUGUCCAGUUCCAAGCCAGCUACCUGCCCAAACCAGGAGCCCAGCUCUACCAGUUCCGAUACGUGAACCGCCAGGGCCGGGUGUGUGGGCAGAGUCCCCCUUUCCAGUUCCGAGAGCCAAGGCCCAUGGAUGAACUAGUGACUCUGGAAGAGACUGACAGCGGCUCUGACAUCCUGCUUGUUGUCCCCAAGGCAACUGUGCUUCAGAACCAGCUGGAUGAGAGCCAGCAAGAGAGGAAUGACCUGAUGCAACUAAAGCUGCAGCUGGAGGGGCAGGUCAUGGAGCUGAGGAGCCGAGUGCAGGAGCUCGAGAUGGCUCUGGCAACUGCCAGGCAGGAGCAUGCAGAGCUGAUGGAGCAAUACAAGGGGCUUUCCCGGUCCCACGGGGAGCUCACUGAAGAGAGGGACAUCCUGAGCCGGCAGCAGGGAGACCACGUGGCACGCAUCCUGGAGCUGGAAGAUGAUAUCCAGACCAUCAGUGACAAAGUUCUGACAAAGGAGGUGGAGCUAGACAGGGUUAGGGACACAGUGAAGGCCCUGACUCGGGAACAAGAGAAGCUCCUUGGGCAACUGAAGGAAGUGCAUGCAGAUAAGGAGCAAAGUGAGGCCGAGCUCCAAAUGGCACAACAGGAGAAUCGUCGCUUGAAUUUGGAACUCCAGGAGGCCAAGGGCCGGCAGGAGGAGCAGGGUGCUCAGGUCCAGAGACUGAAGGACAAGGUGGCCCAGAUGAAGGACACCCUAAACCAGGCCCAGCAGCGGGUGGCUGAGCUGGAGCCCCUGAAGGAGCAGCUUCGAGGGGCCCAGGAGCUUGCAGCUUCAAGCCAGCAGAAAGCCGCUCUUCUUGGGGAAGAGUUGGCCAGCGCAGCCAGAGCCAGGGACCGCACCAUAGCCAAGUUACACCACAGCCGCCUGGAAGUGGCUGAAGUCAACGGCAGGCUGGCUGAGCUCAGUCUGCACUUGAAGGAGGAAAAAAGCCAAUGGAGCAAGGAGCGGGCAGGGAUGCUGCAGAGUGUGGAGGCAGAGAAGGACAAGAUCCUGAAGCUGAGUGCAGAAAUACUUCGGCUGGAAAAGGCCAUUCAAGAAGAGAGGACACAGAAUCAAGUGCUCAAGACUGAACUGGCCCGGGAAAAGGAUUCUAGCCUGGUGCAAUUGUCAGAGAGUAAGCGGGAGCUGACAGAGCUGCGGUCAGCCCUGCGUGUGCUCCAGAAGGAAAAGGAACAGUUGCAGGAGGAGAAGCAGGAACUACUAGAGUACAUGAGAAAGCUGGAAGCCCGCCUGGAGAAGGUAGCAGAUGAGAAGUGGAAUGAGGACGCUGCCACAGAGGAUGAGGAAGCUGCUGCAGGGCUGAGCUGCCCAGCAGCUCUGACAGACUCAGAGGAUGAAUCCCCCGAAGACAUGAGGCUCCCGCCGUAUGGCCUAUGUGAGCAUGGAGACCCAGGCUCCUCUCCUGCUGGGCCACGAGAGGCUUCUCCUCUAGUUGUCAUCAGCCAACCAGCUCCCAUUGCUCCCCACCUCUCAGGGCCAGCUGAGGACAGUAGCUCUGACUCGGAGGCUGAAGAUGAGAAGUCAGUCCUGAUGGCAGCUGUGCAGAGUGGGGGUGAGGAGGCCAACCUGCUGCUUCCUGAACUGGGCAAUGCAUUCUAUGAUAUGGCCAGCACCAUCCUCCGUGGAGCCCAAAUUGCCCUGCAUCCCCUCUCUCCUGCCCCUACCCCUUUCCCAACUACCAGUGGCUUUACCGUGGGUCCCUUGUCAGAGGCCAACACUGGGGGCCCUGCCACCCCUCCAUGGAAGGAGUGCCCUAUUUGUAAGGAGCGCUUCCCAGCUGAGAGUGACAAGGAUGCCCUGGAGGACCACAUGGAUGGACAUUUCUUUUUCAGCACCCAGGACCCCUUCACCUUUGAGUGAUCUAACCCCUCCCUAGUACAAGCACGAACACACACACGCACAUACGACAUACUUAUGCACAGACACACACUUAGGUCUCAUGCCUCUUUUCCAACACAGUGAGUUCCACGAUAGUCUGUUCCC